CUCCGUAAAUUUGCACGGGAAAAGAGAAAGCAGGACGGAUCAGGAUCAAGCUUAGCCUUCCGGUAUGAAUCAUGUCCGGCAAACGAAGAGGAAUUCCAUUCAUAAAAAGUGAUAUGCGGAAAGCUGUGGUUGCCGAAGGUGGAUUAGAUCAGGAUUCCAUGUAUUUCGGUGGGUCAACAAAGAAGGAAACUUGUCUGAUGAUGCCAUUCAUUUCUUUUGAGAAUGAUCUAGUGCAAAGGAUUUUACAUACAUUUAUUUAGUCAAGUUCUAUUGGAAAUGCUGCAUUCUGAUUGGCUAUACGGUAGUCGCUUUAGUCGCUAUCUAUCAGCUAUUAUAUACACAAGCACUGGAUAUGAGCUAUUCUUCAAUCUGAUUGCAUGGUUCUCUACUACUAGGAUAUUUGACAAUUAGACAAUGCAAAUUGUCUAAUUGUUUUAGUAUAAACGUACUAGUCCGACAAAACGUUAUCUGAAAGAAAUUUGUAAAAUUUAUUAAAAACCCACUGUAAACAUAAUUAUAUCUAAAGAUAUGCCAGUCUUCUUUCAUGCAAUGGAUUUCAAAAUAAUUUAUUGAAUUCAUGUGCUCUCAGCAGAUUUACUAUCACUGGAUUCUUCUGUAUCACCUAAAAGAGGAUAGUGCAUCAAUAUGUUUUUUUGUGUGCCUGUCAAUCCAUUCUUUGUGCCUAUGACACGAAAUUUCACCCCAUAGGUUUAUGGUUGCAUUGUAAAUAUCACUUAAAAUGACUUAAUAAUUUCUUUUACAGAAUUUUGGUAACUCACUCCCUUUUCAAGAUAUGCGACUUUGUUUCAUAUGCAAAUAUCACCGGUGUGACAUCACAUCACAUAAUGAAUUUCAGAAAAGUAUAGUUUUCUUGACGAAUAUGGAUCUAAAAAACUUAAAAAUUGCGGUUAGUUAUAUCUUUAUGUUACGGAUCACCAAUAUGUGCAUGUCAUUAGUGAUGUCAUAUAUAGAUAUAUAUAUAUAUCGCAUUACCAUAUAUCCAUUUAUCCAUAUCUGUACACAAUUAUAUGUUAUAAGCCUUAUAGGUGUUAAAGGUGUUAUAGGCGUUAAAGGUGUUAUAGCCGUUAAAGUUGUUAAGGGUGUUAUAGGUGUUAAAGGUGUUAUAGGCGUUAAGGGCGUUAAGGGCGUUAAAGGUGUUAAAGGUGUUAUAGGCGUUAAAGGUGUUAAUUAAAGGUGUUAUAGGCGUUAUAGGGGUUACAGACGUUAUAGGCGUUAAAGGCAUUAUAGGUGUUAAAGGUGUUAAUAAAGGCGUUAAAGGUGUUAUAGGCGUUAAAGGCGUUAAAUGUGUUAAGGGUGUUAUAGGCGUUACAGACAUGUUAAGGUGUUAUAGGCGUUAUAGGUGUUAAAGGCGUUAACGGUGUUAAGGGUGUUAAAGGCGUUAAGGGUGUUAAGGGCGUUAAAGGUGUUAUAGCCGUUAUAGGUGUCACAGACCUUAUAGGUGUUAAAGGUGUUAAAGCCAUUAAAGGCGUUAAAGGUGUUAUAGCCAUUAUAGGUGUUACAGAUGUUAUAGGUGUUAAAGGUGUUAUAGGUGUUAAAGGUGUUAAAGGCGUUAAAGGUGUUAUAGGCGUUAAUACACGCGUUAAGGGUGUUAAAGGUGUUAUAGGCGUUAAAGGUGCUAUAGGUGUUAUAGCCGUUAUAGGUGUUACAGACGUUAUAGGUGUUAAAACCGUUAAAGGCAUUAAAUGUGUUAAAGGUGUUAAAGAUGUUAUAGGUGUUAUAGCUGUUAUAGGUGUUACAGAUGUUAUAGGUGUUACAGAUGUUAUAGGUGUUAAAGGCGUUAAAGGUGUUAAAGGCGUCAAAGGUGUUAUAGCCGUUAUAGGUGUUACAGACGUUUUAGGUGUUAAAGGUGUUAUAGGCGUUAAAGGUGUUAAAAAGGCGUUAAAGGUGUAUUGGUGUUAAAGAUGUUAAAGGCAUUAUAGGUGCUAUAGCCGUUAAAGGUGUUAUAGCCGUUAAAGGUGUUAAAGGCGUUAUAGGUGUUAAAGGCGUUAUAGGUGUUAAAGGUGUUAUAGCUGUUAAAGGCGUUAUAGGUAUUAUAUGCAUUAAAGGCGUUAUAACCGUUAAAGAUGUGAUAAGCGUUAUAAGGGUGUUAAAGGUGUUUAAGGUGUCAAAGGUGUUAUAG